GGAGUACGGCUAGUAGUUUGUUUACAUGCGUGCAAGUAGCUUGCGACUUGAAUUUAUGAAAGAGGUGAAGAAAUGAAAUAUUCCUUAUCGCACCACACCGUCAGCGUUAACACAUGACUGAAGCAUGGUUGGAAGCUGUAGCGCUUAUAAUUGCAAGAAUCGCGGAGGAGAUCUCUCAUUUUACAGUUUCCCCAAAAAAGAUGUAAAGCGUAGGAAAGAAUGGAUUAGGGCGACCAGGUGGGAGAACUGGGACCCAUCGCCAAAUGCUCGACUGUGCUCCGCUCAUUUUGAAAGCCGCUACUUUAAUGGUCGUCGAUUAACUUGGAAUGCAGUGCCCACAAUUUUUAAUUUCCCCAAACAUCUUCACAGCAAGGAACGAAAGCACAGGAAAGUAACUUUAUUUCCUGAGCUACGGAACAUUGAGUAUGGCAGCAAUCAAUUGGAAAAAUUGCAGCCUAUGCCUAAACCUAAAUUGCCAGAGAUUGACUUGAGUCAACUGCCAUGGCAUCCACUUGCGUUUAAUGAUGACUACUGUAAACCGCUGUGUAUUCCAUGGGAAAAAGACAGCGGACAAAAUGGAGAGGGGAUUCCCUUAGAGAGCCUCCGGAGACAAGGACUUCUGUUCGUUCCCAAACGAGCCAUUAAGAUCAAAGGCAGGUGGGAGUGGCUGGGUGUGGAGGUGAUCGGGCCUCUGCCGGCCACUCGAAGACAGCGCAGGUUUGUCCUGACCGUGCUGGACUUCUACUCCAAAUGGGUGGAACUGUUCCCUAUGGAGACGUGCAGUGGAGAGGAGAUUGCCCAGAGCAUCUAUGGCCUAAUGACUGGCACUGGCUACCCUUAUGGGUUCCUCUGUAGGAUGGCCCCAGAGUGCGUGCAUGAAGUAAACAGUGCCCUGUGUAAGCUGGUGGGGCGGGAAGCCACCUACAUAGUCCCCUACUGUCAGAUGGGCUCUAUGUUUAGAACCACAAAGGCGCUCGUUGACAAGAUGGUUUUUGAGCUAACGGAGGUGCACCAGGAUGAUUGGGAUGUGCGACUCACCGCCGCGGCGUACCGCAUGUGCUGCAGCGUGAACCCAGUCACCCGCCAGAGGCCUCUCUCCCUCCACCGAAGCAAAGACGCUGCGCCGUUCGUGAAGGAACCACGGCAGUUUGUGGUGAAGGAUGGGGGGGAUGUCACCAACUGCACAUUCAUCCUGAAGGAGCCCGAGGUGGCCCCUCUACGCGUGGUGGACGUGCAGUGUGAGGAGUGCCUUCAUUGGAGCCAGAUCAGCCAGCCUGCAGACAUCCAGGAGUACGAGAGGCGGCGACUAGCGGGUGAGGAGGACGGCUACACCUGCUCCCCCUGCAUGGUCCUCAGGGAGGAGAGGGAGAGGGCAAUGAGGGACUUCCUCGCAGAGAACAGCCAUGCAGCUCCAGUAGAAGACACAGUACCGGUAGUUAAGACUGUUGAAAAGAAGGCGAAGAGGGUCCCUGCGGUUGAGGGCAAUAAACAGGUGGUUGAGGAGGAGAAGUGGUUGAAGAGGAGCAGUAGGACUGCCAGGUCGCGGCCCCGGUGGUGGGAAAAUGUUGUGGAAGAACAUGGACCUCCGUCUCGGAAGGCUCUGCGGAAAGCAGCCCAGAAAACAAAGAAGGGCAAAAAACCCAAACUCAAACCUCAAACUAAAAGGACUGAAAAUCUACUCAUAGCACCUAAGCCAUCUUUUGUCAACUUGGCUGUCCUUAUCAAGGGGAGUGGAGAUGGAUCACUGACUGCAAUAUUGGCCACCUAAUGAGGUGUGCAUCAGUACCCCCUGACUGAUAUCAGGCCUGUGAGAGUGAUGUGUGCGUGAAAUACAGGAUCAAAAAGCUGUUGUUCAUUAAGUUCUUGUUGUGCAAGUUUGAAAAGAAAAGUUGGCCUAUAUUAGUAGUUAUUAUUGAGAUUGAAUUGUUGCCAAUUUCAAGAUUUUAAUGUUCUGUUUUUGAUUGUUUGUUUUCAGUUUGUUUUUCAUGAAAAGUAGGCUAGCCUACUGUUUGUCCUAACUUUAUGCAACAACAACAACAAAAAAAUACAUAUAUUUAGUGUUUUUUU